GGGAGCUUGGAUGGGAAUUGGGGGAGGGAGGGAAACAAUGAUUUCGCUCUUUCGGGGAGAAGAAAAUUCAGAGGUUGUCCUUGGAGAGCGAGGGAGCCGUAGCGCGCUUUGUCGGGGUUGAGGAAGAGCUGAGGGUCUCCCCGGGGACGACGUGGGAGAAGAAAGAGGGAAAGCAGGCUCUCCCAAUUGCACGGAGGCUCCCCCAAUUUGGGAGGAAGAUCGGGGGCCCCCUCCCUUGUAAGGUUAAAGGAGCCUGCAAACUUCUGAACGGAGCGGGGAGGAGGAGCUGCAAGCCUGGGAAAAUGUUUUGGAGGAUUUCAGAUUCUUAGGGAAAGCCCCUGAAACGUGAGGUUUGUCAGAGGCGGUUAAGAGGCGAUCUGCCGAGGAUACCAGUUGUUUGCUUGUUUGUUUGUUUAUUUGUUUGUUUGUUUCUGGGCAAAGAAACCGGCCGGACUUCUGGGUCACAACUGCAUUUUGCACAAAAGUUGGUGCCGGAGACGUGGAUGCGUGUGCGUGAAUGAAAUUUUUAAUCCCCAUUUAACCCCAGCUGGGACAGGACUUUUCCUUCAGGCCUCGGCAUGAUAAGCCUCUCCAGCUUGCCCUAGCGGACAGUUUGAUAUUGUUUGAUUCCUGAGGGUCUUCCUUUGCUUGAACUUGGAGCAGCCCCUUCCUCCACCAUGGCCUCUGUCCCAGUGUAUUGUCUCUGUCGCCUGCCCUACGAUGUCACCCGCUUCAUGAUCGAGUGUGAUGCUUGCCAGGACUGGUUCCAUGGCAGCUGCGUCGGAGUAGAAGAGGAUGCGGCAGCUGACAUUGACUUGUAUCACUGCCCCAACUGUGAACUACUUCACGGACCAUCUGUCAUGAAACGGCGCCGAGGAAAUCCAAAACAGUCUGAUUCCUCCAUGAACAAAGAGGUUGGCAAGACAGUGAAGACUGGUAGCAGUCAAUUCAUCAAAGAACUUCGCAGCAGGACAUUUCCUAGUGCGGAUGAGGUGAUCCUAAAGCCGAGUGGAACACAGCUGACUGUGGAGUUCCUGGAGGAGAACAGCUUCAGUGUGCCCCUCCUGGUCCUGAAGAAGGAUGGCCUGGGCAUGACCCUUCCUCCACCAUCAUUCAGUGUGCACGAUGUGGAGCAUUAUGUUGGCACUGACAAGGAGAUUGAUGUCAUUGAUGUGACACGCCAAGCUGACCUCAAGAUGCGUCUGGGUGACUUUGUCAGCUACUACUCCAGCAGCCGCAGAGAGAAAGUGCUCAAUGUCAUCAGUCUGGAAUUUUCAGAGACCAGGCUGUCUAAUUUGGUGGAGACCCCAAAGAUUGUGCGCAAGUUGUCCUGGGUGGAGAACCUGUGGCCAGGGGAGUCGGUCUUUGAGCGUCCCAGCGUGCAAAAGUACUGCCUGAUGGGGGUGCGGGACAGCUAUACGGACUUCCACAUUGACUUUGGGGGCACCUCUGUCUGGUACCACGUCCUGCGGGGAGAGAAGAUCUUCUACCUGGUGCGUCCCACUGCGGCCAAUCUGACGCUCUUUGAGGCGUGGAGCAGCUCCUCCAAUCAGAAUGAAAUGUUCUUUGGAGACCAGGUGGAUAGGUGCUAUCGCUGUCCUGUCCGCCAGGGCCAGACCCUCUUCAUACCGACAGGGUGGAUCCAUGCUGUUCUGACCCCUGUGGACUGCCUGGCCUUUGGGGGCAAUUUUCUACACAGUCUGAACAUUGAGAUGCAGCUCAAAGCUUAUGAGAUUGAAAAGCGCCUCAGCACAGCUGAUCUCUUCAAAUUCCCCAACUUUGAAACUAUCUGCUGGUACGUCGGCAAACACCUCCUGGAUAUCUUCCGAGGCCUUCGAGAGAACCGUAGGCACCCAGCUGCUUAUUUGGUUCAUGGGGCCAAAGCCCUCAAUACAGCCUUCCGCUCCUGGACUAAAAAGGAGGCCUUGGCUGAGCAUGAAGAAGAAAUUCCUGGGACGGUACGUCCAGCACAACUCAUCAAAGACCUGGCCAAGGAGAUCCGACUUGUGGAACAGAACAUCGGGAAGACUGGCAGCCCAUUCGGCCUGCAGAGAGUCACCCAGCCUGGUGCAGCAGCUGCCAAAAAGGGAGACCAGAGUCCCAAGGAGCCGGGCAAGAAAGGCAGCCGGAAGGAUGCUGCGUCUGUCAAAGCCCUGGAACUAGAGUUGCUGCGCAAGUACAAGCGGCAGCAGAUCCUGAAACACGCAGAGAGUCCUGGCCAGGAGGAGUUUGACUUGCCCAGUUCCAGCCUGGAUGAUACAGAUGGGGAACCUGACCUGACAGAGGAAGAGCUGUCCAUGACGGUGGCCAAUGGUCGAGGCACCAGGAAAAUCAAGGCCUCGGAGCGCACCCGGAGCCACAAAGGAGCACAAAUGCGAGCCCCACCCAGCCCAUCGGAUGCAGAAGCCCUGGAUAUAGACUCCGAGGAGGAUCUGCAGAUUGAUGAAACGCCACGCAGGGAAAGGAGGAAUCUGUUGCUGCACAAGAAACUUUCCAAAUUUCCUCGGAAAUUGCCACGAGCCAAACCCUGUUCCGACCCAAAUCGAGUGCGGGAGCCAGGGGAAGUAGAAUUUGACAUUGAGGAAGACUAUACCACCGAAGAGGAGGAGGAUGCUUCUGGCGAUGACCAGUUGGAAGGCAGCAGUAGCGCCGGUGGGAUCCUGGACCUGCUCAAAGCCAGUCGGCAGGUUGGCGGUGCUGACUACGAUGAGCUGAGUGAUGCGCCUGCCUCUCCCAGUACUCAGGAAGCCAUCCAGGGCAUGCUGUGCAUGGCCAACCUCCAGUCGUCAUCCUCAGGAGGGGCCUCCAGCUUGCAGGCCUGGUUGGCAGCUGGGCACGAACGUGGCUCUGCAGGAGCCUCCGGCACUCAGCGCUCAGGGAAGAGGCCCAUCAAACGGCCAGCUCACCACAGCACGGACAGCGAGGAAGAGGCCAGCAUGGAUGAACAGGAGAGCCUUGGAGCCUGUUUUAAGGACGCUGAAUAUAUUUACCCUUCCUUGGAAUCAGAUGAGGAUGACCCGGCCUUGAAGUCCCUGCCAAAGAAGAAAAAAUGCACAGAUGAUGCUCCGUGGAGUCCUAAAGCCCGGGUGACCCCAACGCUGCCCAAGCAAGACCGCCCUGUGCGUGAGGGGACCAGAGUGGCGUCUGUCGAGACCGGUCUGGCAGCUGCAGCAGCUAAACUAGCUCAGCAGGAACAUCAGAAGUUGCAGCGGCGGAAAUUCAUGGUAAAAAGGAAGCCACCAUCUCCAAAAGCUCCUAGCCCAGAACCGGAGCCAGAACCGGAACCAGAGGCAGAAGUGAUAGAGGCGGAAGCGGAGCCAGAUGUGCCACCCCCACUCCCCCUCCCCCAGGAUCCAGAUCCUGAGUUGGAGGCACCUGUGCCCACCCCUCCCCCAGAAUCUAAACAGGAGCAGUUUGCUGGCAGCCUGGUGGAUCACGAAUACACCGCUCGACCUAAUGUUUUUGGAAUGGCCCAGGUGAACCGUGGCUCCACGCCCAUGGCCCCAGGUGUCUUCUUGUCCCAGCGGCGUCCCUCAGCUGGCUCACCAGGUCCCCAGGCAGCACAGGGAAAACGCCCCAAGAAGGGCUUAGCGACAGCCAAGCAGCGACUCGGACGCAUCCUGAAGAUCCAUCGCAAUGGCAAGCUACUCCUCUGAGUGCAUCCCCACGCCAGCUCCAGGCUUCAUGCCCAGCUUUUGGGCAGCAGAAGUUGGGUGAGGCACAGAGACCCACUUGGAGGCACCGCCCGGUGUCUUUGGAGGGCCGAUGGGACCUUGGGUGUGGACAAGGCCUGCGCUACUCUACCUCUCCUUCCCUCACACGGAUCAGAGCCAAGUCUGAGCUGCCCGCGCUGCUGCUGGAAGCUUUGAACUCGAUCGGCAGCACCUGAACACAGAGGCGAACCACGCUGGUUUCCCUGAAAAGACAGACAACGUAGGAGGCGGGGGGUUUGUUGUGCCCACUGAUUCUCCAUCCCUACCUCGACCCGCUGCACUUCCUUUUUUGCUCUGGGGCUGAUUCUUCUAUCAGAUGCUCCCCUCCCUCUGCCAAGUCACACAUUACAGACAUCGGCUUAUCUUUUCCUCCUAGCAGCUCCAAACGCCCUUUGUGUCUUUUGCUGCUGUGGGCAGACUCUGGCUUGCCAAGGAGUGUUUCUUUUCUCAUUAUUUUUUUAAAAUGUUUCUCCCAGCAGAAAGUUGUUGCUUUUACGCAAGCAGGUGGCUCUUCUUCCUUUGCAGUCUUCUAGAGCAGUGUUUCUCAGCCUCAGCGACUUUGAGAUGGGUGGACUUCAACUCCCAGAAUUCCCCAGCCAGCACCAUUUCUGGCUGGGGAAUUCUGGGCGUUGAUGUUCACCCAUCUUAAAGUUGCUCGGCUUGAGUAACGUUGUUCAGGAGGGACCCUUCCAAAGCUCUGCAAACCCUUUAAGCAAAAGGGAAGGACGGGCAGGAGAGGAACCACUUGUUUUACAAAGAGAAGCAGAUUCUUCCCUUUGUUUUUCGGCAGUCAGGGCUGUCUGGAUGGAGCGUAGGUAGGGGUUGGAAAUAAUCCCCCCUCCACUGGAUGGGUCUUGAAACUUCUGGUCAGCUGCCAAUAGGAAGUCAUUUGCCCAUCAGCCUUACGUUAUCCAUCCAAAAUAGAAGAUUGGGAGCUUCACAAGAUACCUGUGUCCCUGUAGCGCUGCAGAACGCGAGAGGGAUGGGCGAUCCAUGAUGAUAAUUUUGCAACAUAUACAAGAAGGCAGGUAAGGUAGAAGGCUAGGCUGCCUCCUCCCUGGUUUGCAUAUCUGUACACGUGAAGAGAAUUUUGUUGGUUUGGGUGUUUGUAUCUUAAACUGGAGAAAAUCCCAGCUAUCUCCCAUCUGCAGUUGGAAGUUGUACCGGCCAGCACCGCUUCUGUCAGAUGAGGCUGCCAACCAGGAGAUUCCAUGUUGCAGAGGGCGGAAAGUUAGCAGAUUUUCCCCCCAUGAUGUGAAGUUUUCCAGUAGGCUUCACAGCUGUUCCGGUUGCAGAUCUCUCAUUUUGUUAAUUUCCAGGCCUGUUUUUUAUAUUCUUGGCAUAAAGCAGUCUGUCCUCCCUUCUCCUUCUCCUUCUCCUUCUCCUUCUCCUUGUCCCCCUUCUACGGCGGCAGGGAGGGCGUCAUGCCCCCUAAGCAAGACUUAAAAGAUGUUUCUACCCAGCAGCACGGCUCAGUUAAUACAGCUGUGUGUCAUAUUUUUACACCAGACUCCAGCAAGCUUUGUGUAAAUGUUUGAAUUCUAUUUUUUAGGCCUCUCUCUAGAAAUGUGUGUUUAAGGGGGGGAAAAUUAUAUAUAUACACACACAUAUAUAUAUAAUUUUUUCCAGGGGUUAGAAUAAAAGAAAACCUUCAGUUUAUUGUGGCAUAUGCCUGAGGUAUAUUUUUCUGAUUCUGUUCCUCUCGGAACAGAUGCCUUCACUGGGAUCCGGGAGAACUCACCCACAAAAUUUAUGUUCUGGAGAGUUUGAUAUCAAAGUACAGACAUAGCAGCUUCUUGCACAAGAGUUACUACAUGAGUUCUAGCACCAUGACCAAGACAUACAUUCUACAUCUAGUUUUUAAGGGUGGGGGCAUUUAUUAUGUGCAGCUUUUUGUUUUAAAAGGGGCUGUGCUGAAAGGAUUCACGAUUGGGGGAAUAUUUUCAGGAGUGCUAUCCAAACCUUUCUUUUUUGGCAAGUUUUUGACAGUUGUGGAAUAAAAGGUUAUCUUGAUGCUCUAAAUUGCUUUAUCAUCAAAUAACCAAAUGGGAUGUUAGCCCAUUUAAUUAUUUUAUAUUGGCAUUCCCUGAUAUUCUCCAUGAAGUCUGUCUCACACUGAUCUCGUGUGGAAUUUUUCCCUGCAAAGUGCCACGGCUACCUUUUAUUCAGAAUUGGCAUUAUUCGUGAUCUGUUGGUGUUUGGAUGCACAAAAUUAAUAUCAGAAAGAUAUUUCUCAAGCAAAACUGAAAGACUCAUUCUCCCAGCUAAGGGUCACUGCCUUUUCCUUUCCUUUAAUUAGUCUCCUAUAUUUGCUUUAGCUGCAGGUUUACAAUAAUAUCUCGGCAGCAAUUUUCGUUUUUAUUGUAUGACUUGUAAAAUACACAUUAACACACGAAAAGA